GUUUUAAGAGAAAUGAUGACAUUAGAUCCAUUAACAGAACAAUACAUUUAAACCUGUCCGGUCUAUCUACAAUAACUCUUGGAUUUUUGUAAAAAAAAAAUGCUCGGUUUGGGUGAGGAAAAGUUCCACUCACAAGAAGUAGCUUGUUUCGUGUUUGUUUCGAGCAGAUGGUUUCAGACCGCGCGCUCCAGACGCGGAGCGACUCAUUCUUUCCGACUGUUAAAGCGCGAGCGACUGGCCCGCGUGCGUCGUCCAGAUCUCUCGUGAAGAAAGAGUCGAGAUGGUCGAAGGGGAGGUGAGAUGGACCUGGCUGGGUGUCUCCUGCUGUCUCCUGCUGUGCGCCGUCAGCCCAGCGGGGGGCGAGAGUGCUGCAGGGGAGCCGCCAGACCUCUUCUGGGACUGGGAGCUGGGCUCCGGUGGGGGUCGACCCCUCCCCCAGGAGGAAUUCCUGCACAUCUUCUCUGCCGCCGAUAGUCCCUUCGUCACCGAGACCCUUAACCGUCCUGCCAACUGCAGCCAGCGGUUCCGGCUCCCGUCGGCCUCGGCGGUCUGUUGGGAGGACGCGGCCGGCCCGGAGGAGCUGGCCCGGUCCCGGCAGUUGGUUCUGCAGAACCAGGCGGCGCUGGAGGCCGUGGCCAGCUCCAGCGGGACGGAGGUGGAGGAGGGCGUGUCGACCGUGACGUACGCCCAGCGGGUGCGUGGUGAUCUGCGGGCCGUUGUGGUAGACCACCAGAGCAUGGGGGUGACCAUGGACACCAUGCAGCAGGUGUUGACGUCGCUGCAGGAGAAGAGGAGGGAGGGCACCGAGCAGAAGGUCUACCUGAGCAUGAGGGAGCAUCUCGCCAGCGCAGGGGACUCCAUCAACGGCAGAGAGCAGAUUGCAGAAAACCUGGAACACCAACUCUCCCAUCUCGAGACAUCUCUGCUCAACAUGCAGCAUCGCCUCAACAAGAUACUAAUGCAGUAAACACGCAACCUUUUCUCUGUGUUGGUUCGGGUGUGAGGCAUUUGUCAGGUAUUUGCACUCAUUCCAUAUUAUAUAUUAUGGCAAUGUAGGGGAUUUAGCACAUGUUCAAUCUCUCCACCGUAGCGGUGAGAACGGAACGAUUUAUCAGUAUGCAAUUAUAUUACAUUUACAUUUAGUUGAACCGAUACACGUUAUCCACAGCCAUGUACAAGUGAGGCCGUGAACAUAUGAACCAUACAAUAUUGAGGAAUCAAAAAUGUUAUUCCGUGGGCUGGAAUAGCACCAGUUUGUUUGUUUUGUUUUUUAAAAACAAAGUGCAGAUUAUCUCUAGGAAUCAGAACACCACUCUUCAUGUAUGAACAUCAUACAAACAUACACUCCAACGUUCAAGCGCUGUGGAAAGCUCUGAACUCUGUGAGUUUGAAACACGUGGUAUGCGGAUGCAUUAAAGAUUCCUGCUUAAACAGACAUGUUCCAUAAAGACCAUUUAUGGCAGACUGUCCAUUUUAUAGGUUCUCACAAAAAACAGAAGAAAAAAAAGGUUUAACUAGACUAGUAAAGUGGUUUGACCGAUAGCUGAAGUUUAAUUAGCCUCUUUGGAAUAUGAUGUAAAUGACUGUUGCACAUGGGAAGCUUUGAAAAUAUGUAAUUAUCGGAGAAUGUUUUAAAGGAUCAAUAAAGACGAUUAAACUGAUGUCUUCUAACCCUAACAUUGAGUUGCAGACAAGAUGCUUGAUGUAAAAACAUUUUUUUUUUUAUCUAUAUCAAAACAUAUACAACAUAUAAGCAUACUCAAUGUUAUGCUCAACAUAUCAUAGGCCAAUCGAAGUGUACACAUUACUGUAUUGAGAUCAAAAAUCUUGCUUUGUAGUUGGAAUGAAAAAAAACAAUUUUUGGCUAACUUUGGUUACAUCUCUUCCUCAUCGACAUAUUCCAAAUAAAACAACAAAACUAAAUUUAAAGGACCGCUCUGGGGAGAAAAUCCUCUAGUCUAGUGUAUGAAACAAACCUGGUCCCAAUAAUCAAAGUAAAAAGUAUACUGUCGCAAACUAGCACAUAUAUUCACAUCCAAUGGUAUUGCAUUGACUGCAUGCUUGCGUUGUUUAAUCUUUACAAACACAAUAUUAGAUUAGAUACCACACUUAAGAUUUCUAACUGUGAUUGUGACUGUUGUUUGGAGGCCUAUUUUAAAAUAAAUAAGGGGUGUCAUUCCCACUCCAGGAUAUAUAGCUUCUUAAUUCAUCGAUAGAAACUUGCAUGAAAUUCUUCUGCAAGAGUACUUCAGGAGAAUUUCGGACUUGAUUUAAAAUUCACCCGAAUUAGCUCUUGUUUCCCCCUCGUCAACAGAAGUUCCCUCAUCUACGUUCAUUCUCACUGGAUGGCGACCUAUAGAUACACGUUAUGACAUCAUCCGAUGCAAAAUGCCCUGAAGAAAAUGUCAGAUGUCUGCUUCCUCGUCUUCGAUUUGCUCCAAGGUCUUGAGAUAAUCCCCAGCCAAAAUCUUCUUUGGUAGGAUAUCUGUCAAUAAAAAAACACAAACAAAUUCAAUUUUAUCAUGGGU